AUGUUGGUGUCUUUUUUACUCAGGGAUGAGAAUGAGGAUGUCGAUGUGAUUUCAAACAUCAACCAGAUCUAUGAUGUCGGUGCCUUAGUACAUUUAUUCCCAGCUGGCAGUAGUGGUCGUACUGGUGCCGAGGAUGAUUCAGGAUUAACAGCUGUACUUUAUCUACAUCGUCGUAUCAAGGCAACAGAUACGUUAUUGCACCAUCAUUAUCAACAAAGAACCACGAGGUCACUCCUACCGAGUCAAAGAAUGAACCCAAAACACAUGAAAAGUCGAAAGAACAAUAAGAACAAGAGCAUCAACACGACAAAACGCCAUACGCUCCUUCACACUUGGUCCAAGAUCGCCAAGUGA